CUACUUCAGUUACUUGGCGUACUUGAGGUACUUGGCUUGCUUUUGUGUCUUGGGUUGCUUGGGUGUCUUGCCUUACUUUUGCGUCUUGGCCUACUUCAGUUACUUGGCGUUCUUGAGGUACUUGGCUUGCUUUUGUGUCUUCGAUUGCUUCAGUGUCUUGGCCUACUUCAGUUACUUGGCGUUCUUGAGGUACUUGAUUUACUUUUGUGUCUUCGAUUGCUUCAGUGUCUUGGCCUACUUCAGUUACUUGGCGUUCUUGAGGUACUUGGCUUACUUUUGUGUCUUCGAUUGCUUCAGUGUCUUGGCCUACUUCAGUUACUUGGCGUUCUUGAGGUACUUGACUUACUUUUGUGUCUUCGAUUGCUUCAGUGUCUUGGAUUACUUCAGUUACUUGGCGUUCUUGAGGUACUUGGCUUACUUUUUGUGUCUUGGGUUGCUUGAGUGUCUUGCCUUACUUUUGUGUCUUGGCCUACUUCAGUUACUUGGCGUUCUUGAGGUACUUGACUUACUUUUGUGUCUUCGAUUGCUUCAGUGUCUUGGAUUACUUCAGUUACUUGGCGUUCUUGAGGUACUUGGCUUACUUUUGUGUCUUCGAUUGCUUCAGUGUCUUGGCCUACUUCAGCUACUUGGCGUUCUUGAGGUACUUGACUUACUUUUGUGUCUUCGAUUGCUUCAGUGUCUUGGCCUACUUCAGUUCCUUGGCGUUCUUGAGGUACUUGGCUUACUUUUGUGUCUUCGAUUGCUUCAGUGUCUUGGCCUACUUCAGUUACUUGGCGUUCUUGAGGUACUUGACUUACUUUUGUGUCUUCGAUUGCUUCAGUGUCUUGGAUUACUUCAGUUACUUGGCGUUCUUGAGGUACUUGGCUUACUUUUGUGUCUUGGGUUGCUUGAGUGUCUUGCCUUACUUUUGUGUCUUGGCCUACUUCAGUUACUUGGCGUUCUUGAGGUACUUGACUUACUUUUGUGUCUUCGAUUGCUUCAGUGUCUUGGAUUACUUCAGUUACUUGGCGUUCUUGAGGUACUUGGCUUACUUUUGUGUCUUCGAUUGCUUCAGUGUCUUGGCCUACUUCAGCUACUUGGCGUUCUUGAGGUACUUGACUUACUUUUGUGUCUUGGUUUCCUAG